AUGGCCCGAAAGCGAGACGUCGUCGCGCGCACACUCCCCAUCAUAGUCGCCCUGGCCUUCGCGAUAGCGACCCUCAACACCUCCAACCGGCUGUCCGCGCUGCGGGGUGAGCACGGCAGGCUGGAGCAACUCCAUCGGAUCGCGACGUCGGACCUCAAGAAGCUCAUGGCGCAGCGCGACUGCAAGGAGAAGCUGGACGCGCUCGAGGUGACGCACGCGGAGGACCUCGCGACGCACGUCAGCGAGACGCAGAUGAAGAUCGAAGAGUACGAGGGCGCGAACAAGGACCUGCGGGACGAGCUGAAGGCGUGCGAGCUGGCGAAGAGCGAGGCGAGGGCGAACGAAGGGGAGGCGAUGGCCAAGUUGGAGUCGUCGAGGAACGAGGUGAAACAAUUUGAGCAGGAAAUUUCGCAGAUGAGAGCGCAGGGAUGCAGGGAGGAUCCGCCCGCGCCAGACGCGCCGUCGUCGUCGUAG